AUGGCCAAAGAUGUUGAUACUGAGGUAAACGAUGAGUUGAUCAAUGAUAUCUUCAACGCCAAAUCCACAGUUCAUGCUGAAGAUGCUGUGGAUUAUGAAGAUGAAGAUGAAUUGGCAGAAGAAGAACUUGAUAACUUUGAUUUACCCCCAGCCAUCAAAGCUGAUGAUGAAGAACUUGAAUUGCAACAACAAGCUGAUGAUGAUUUCGAUAACAUUUUUGGCGAUGAUGACGACUUGGAGGGUAAUUUAGGUGAUAAUCCUUUGAUGGGGGGAGAAUUGGAAGGGAUUAAUGAUAUGGAUGAUAUGAAUAUUGAUGAGAUGUAUGGGGAUAAAGAACUGGAAGAAGAACUUUCAAAGAAACGGAAGUUACAAGAAGAACAAAAAGCCAUUAAACGUCAAAGAUUAUUGGCCAAGAUCCAAAUUUUGGAAUCAAGACAAGUUAAACGUAAUUUGAAGUAUCAUUAUCCUGAUUUCAGUCAUACUAAACCUUUCAAUAAUCAUAAAUUAUUCUUACCACCACCUAAAUAUUAUAAGUAUCAAGUCCCACCCAUUGCAUAUAAACCCAAACCUUUGGUACCGAAGAUUUCUCUAGAGGUGGAUAUAGACCAAAGGAAAGUAUUCAAAACAGGUAAGAAACCAAGUAAUUAUAAUGGAUAUUUAUCAGACAAGAAUAUCACUUAUGUCACUGAAGAAGAUUUGAAAGUCAUAGAAACAAUUGAAAAGAACGGUUCUUUAAAUAUCAAGCAAAGAAAACUUUUACCUUACCUCAAUACUUAUGGAAAUGAUGAUAAGUUCAAUGAUUUCAGUAAAGAUUUAAUACUUGCCCUGGCUGAUUGGGAUGAUGAUAAGAUUAUCAAUGCCGAACCAGUGAAAAACAUUACUAUGGAAGAAUUAGAAGAUGAUAACUCCUAUGAAGAUGAUGAAGAUAUUCUCAAUGGAACUUUGAAAUUCGAUAAGAUCAAAUUGGAUAUGAAUGAUCCUAACCUUUUAUUUGAAUCUACCAAACUUAAACCCAAGACCACUGUUAACAGUUUAGUGCCUUUGAAUGAGAAAUUAUUGACUUCAAGAUUCAACCUUUCUAAUGAUAAACAAUAUGAAAUCUUCCAAUCAAAUUAUAAUGUUAAAGUGAGAUCACAAAUCAGUAACUUGAAUAUUGAACAUUCUGUACCUGCGUUGAGAUUACAAAGUCCAUUUUAUAAAGUCAAAUUAACUAAACAAGAAUGUAGAGGUUUCCAUAGAUCCAAAUUUAAUCCUAAGGUGGGUUUAACCAUCAAUUUUUCUAAAAUCAAACCCAGAAAACGUAAAAAGGAUAAAGGGAAGACAUCAAAGGAAAUAUUUGCUAGAACUAGUGACUUAACUAUUGGAGAUAAUUCCGUUUUCAUAGGGUUUGAAUAUGCUGAAGAGUAUCCUAUGAUCUUAUCAAAUUAUGGUAUGGGAUCUAAAUUGAUCAAUUAUUAUAGAAGAACACGUCCUGAUGAUAAUUCCAGACCUAAGAAUAAUAUCGGAGAAACUCACGUGUUGGGAGUUGAAGAUAGAUCACCAUUUUGGAAUUAUGGACAUGUUGAUAAAGGAGAUUUAGUCCCUACUUUAUAUAACAAUAUGAUCAGAGCACCUAUUUUCAAGCAAGAAAUCAAACUGACAGACUUUGUAUUGAUUCGUUCUCAAGGUGGUGGUGGUGGUAACACUAUGAAUGGAAUCAAUCAUUCAUCAUCUCAUCCCAAAUAUUUCCUCAAAAAAAUGGACCAUUUAUUCAAUGUGGGUCAUAUAUUCCCAAGUGUUGAAGUACCAGCACCUCAAAGUAGAAAAGUCACCAAUACUUCGAAAAAUCGUUUGAAAAUGAUUGUUUAUCGUACUAUGAACAAAAACGGUAAACCUAGAAUAUCGGUCAAAGAUAUUUCUCAUCAUUUCCCUGAUCAAAAUGAUAUGCAAAAUCGUCAAAGAUUGAAAGAAUUUAUGGAAUAUCAAAGAUCUGGUGAAGAUCAAGGGUAUUGGAAGAUUAAAGCUGGGGAAGUUGUCCCCGAUGAAGAGUCAAUAAGAUCAAUGAUAACUCCUGAAGAUGUUACAUUAUUAGAUGCCAUGCAAUCAUCCCAACAACUUGUUAAUGAUUUGACCAUCCUUUUGAAUGAGGAACAGGAAAAGAAGAAAGCUAAGAUCCAAGAACUUGACAAAGAUAAAGACGGGGAAGAAGAUUCUAAAGAACGUAGAAAGAGGGAGAAAUUAUUGGAAAUGGAAGAAGGUAUUGAUGAUCAAUUAACUAGUUGGAAUUUAUCACGUAAUUUUGUUUUAUCCAAUCAAACCAAAUCUAUGUUACAAUUGAUUGGUGAAGGUGAUCCUUCAGGUAUAGGUAUAGGGUUCUCAUUCUUAAAGACAUCUUCUAAAACGGCUUUUACUCCAUUAUUUCCUCCACCUAAGGAAAAUGUUCCUAAAUCCAGUCAAGCAGCUUACCAACAAAGAUUAUAUGAUAAUGAAGUGAGUAGAAUUUGGUAUGCUCAAAGAAAAUCUCUUCAUAAUGCAAAGAACUUGCCACAAAUUUAUCAUAAGUAUAAACCAGUUAAUCAUAAUGCUUAUUUGAGUAAGAAAUAUGAAGAAGCUAAUAGUGAUUUGACAAAGAACAAUAAGUUCUUAAGAAUAUCCAGAAGAUUUAAAGAUCAUAAUGGGAUUGUUCAAAGAAAAGUUGAAAUCAUCAAAGAUCCAAGAAUUAUCAAAAGUUACCUCAAAAGGAAGAAGGAAAUUGAAGAUAACUUAAUCAAAUCAGCCAAUUUAGAAGAUAUUGUCCCAACUGACGAUGCUGAAUUGAAUGAAUUAAGAAGAAAGGCUUUACAAAAGAGAUUAGCUAAUGCCGAAAAGCAAAUCAAACAGCAUAAACCUAAGAAAUCUUUAAGUUCAACCAAUUUGAAUGGAUCUGGAGUUACUUUACCUGAUGGAUCUGUGGGUGUUCAAGGUAAAGGAAUCGGAAAGGGGAAAUCAACUGCCAGAAAAUGUACAAAUUGUGGAGCUGUGGGUCAUAUUAAGACCAACAAGGCAUGUCCAUUGUUUAGUCAAACCCAAGGAGGUACCAUUGAUAUUAAACAGGUCGAGGCUUAG